UCUCUCUCUCUCUCUCUCUCUCUCGUAUAUAACAUGUUACGUAAUUUAUCUGUUAUAUCGCCAAUUAACACACUCUGCGCGUCGAUUACAUUAAAACGAUAACAGCAUUUUAUUUAGUGCAGCGUUGAUCGACUAGAUCGCACAAUUAUAGAUGUGCGCUUCGCUCACGGCACGAAGGUUCGGUCGCGUCAACGUGUUUAAUAUUAGUCGAGCUGCGAAAGCACGUUUCAGUUCGCGCGUUGUUGUAAUGAGUAAACGAUUAUCUCGCACGCGUUGUGCUGUCUUCUCGAAAUUCGCUAUUUACAUAACACGCGAUAAUGCUUCCGCCGCGGAUCAUUAUAAACCGGUGGCUCUUUUUAGGCUGGCGAAAGAUAGCGGCAUAAUUUACGGGCUAUUAAGCUAUUUUACGAUAUUAUCUGCCAAAGUAGACCAUAAUACACUAACGCAUUGUCAGUGUACCGGAAAUAUCAUCGCGAUAAAUGAGCAACAUGAGUAUGCGUUUCUUACUUUUCGCACUUUGUCGCGUAAUCGUUACUUCCCGAUUAGAAAUUUGAUUCUGAUCGGGUUGACCCCAGUCAGGUUGUUUGGUUUGUGUAGACUCAGCGGAUUAGCGGGUCUCAAUGAUUAAUAAAGUCUUAAUUAUUAAAUCCUUAUUAUUCAUAAGGAUCUGAUUGCGUUACACAUGAUUAAUCAAGACCCGAUAUCGUCACGGUAACAUCACACCAGCUAAUCGAUCAACUUGAUCACAGGAUCGUUAAAUUUCUAGUCAGUUCAGCACAGUUCCAUCAAUAACACGAUCCGCGAGAAGAGAUCGGUCCAAAUCGUGGAAGUGUCGGAAUCGAAUUUUGAUACCCGACGCGUGAUAAUUUCUGUAUGAAUGAAAUGAAACUCGGCUAAAUCUUUGCCGGCGAAUCGAUAUCUCCUGCUAUCGCGCGCGAAGCUGUGUUAGAUCUUGUUCAUCGGCGUUGGUCUCUCUACACAAAAAAAUAUGUACAAUUUUAUCAAUCGUGCAGUCGAUAGAAAGAGAAAGAUAUCUUUGAGUUCGCUUCUGAAUGCCACCGCGGCGAAGCAACUGAUGCACGCAAAUUUUCCGCGGACUACACACACGGUGUAUAUAAAUUAAAGGCGAGACACGCGGGGGACGGGGAGGUUCUGGUCGACCCCGUUCCAGAUUCCGACUGAAUAUUUCCAUCGACCGCGCGUCGAGAUGUUAUUUAUCGCGUUAUCUCACGAGACUUACGCGUCGGAUCGCCUCGCGAGCUGCGCAGAAUUUCUCGGAUGAUUCAGUGCCGUCGACGAGACGUGGCGUUUCGCUUCUCGAGGACAGCUGACUAUGCAUAGAAAAUACUACUCUAUGUUUGGUUGUGUCACUGCCGGCCAGCCUGGAGAAGCGAAUCGCCGCGACGGGUCUCGCUCGAUCGUUCCCUAUUAAGUCGGACGAUGUUCCAUUAAGACUCAGAUUUCGCGCGGCUAUCUUUAGACGCCGAUAUAAAUAACGCGAAAACGACGACGCGUGUGACGACGCCUUUUUAACGCUUCGGCGGUGUCCGUCGACAUAAAAAAAGGGAGAGAGAGAGAAGGAGAGAGAUUCUCGGCGUGACAUUUGUCUCCUCCUUACGUCGAUGCGCUUCGAAUAUCGACGCGCAUCUCCUAGUGUUGACAAAAUAGUAGCGCGAUAUGAUGAGUGUCUCAAAGUGAAACUGUCAUCAACUUGGUAUGAUUAUAUAAUUGUGAUAUCACACGAUCACGCGCAAUUAUAUGGGAUGUUGCGUCAAGCAGUGCGUAGUACAUUCGGAGCGUGCAACUCGCGAGAGAGAAUUGCGCGCUUCUCGCGUAUCUUUCUUCUAAAAAAUAGUCGUACGAUUAAUUGCCAGCGAAUGACUCGUCUAUAUUUACCGCGUGAUAAAUCAUCGGACAUCAAUUAUUCACUGUGGCACGACAGGGUAGACGCGCGCGUCAAACAAUACUAAUAGUCCGAGCCAGUUUACGCGCACGACGCACGUGCGACGUCGAUAAUUUACGGGUGCGUAAUAGACUUGAUUCUCUCUCUCUCUCUCUCGCGACGCUCGCGAGAACGAAUUGUCGUGUCGUGCGAGCGGAACUUGGUCGCAAAAGGACCACGAGUCUCUCGACGUAAUAAUCGCUUGCCAGCGGCGUUACUUGGACUACGGCUCCGCUGCUAUCACCUCUCGACUGUCAAGUUUCCGUUUCCGCCGAGCGAGAACGCUUGCUUCCCCGAUGCGGCACGGUAGCACGUCGUCUGUAGAGCAGAAGAACGGCAAUGGCAACGUCAAGGGCAACAAGACGAACAAUAACGGUGUCGAGGUGAACAGAAAUGAGGACCAGAAUGGCGGCGUCGACGCCAAGGGACAAGCAAAGAAGAAACCAAAUGCUCCUGGGGGCGGGCCUCUGUUGCAACAGGCAGAGGUAUCCACCAGCCAGUUAGAUUUCUUCAAGAUGCUUGACGAGAAAAUCGAGAAUGGCCCGGAUUACGAUGAGA